AGGCGGUGGGGAGGCUGGGAGCUGCUCGGCUCGGGUGUGGCGGCGGUUUGAUAGAACGCUUUGAAACAAAUCCGAGGAACGGAGCGCGACGGGUUAGCUGACGAAGCUAACUAACGGCUUUCUUUAAAACGGUUUCCUAUCACAGCUGAAGGCGCGCAGGAGGAAGAAAAGACGGAGCGACACUGACGCGUUAUUAUUUUUUGUUGUUGUUGUUGUUGUUGAAUAUUUCAGCUUUUCGCUGGCGAAAGUUGGUGAAAAAUUCCGUCAGAACUUUUUUCCUCUGUCUGUCUCUCUCUCUCUCUCUCUCUCGCGUCGGAUUUGUAAUGCUGGAGUGUUUCCCACCCGCGUCAUGUCCGACCUCUCAGCUCGGUUCUUCUGUUUAGUUUGGGAUCCUUAAACAAACAAACCAAAGAAAAAAACCUGCUGCUUUCUUUUAUCUGACGUCGCGCGAGCUCACGCUAUUAUCAUUGGAAAACUAGAGCUAGCUAACUUUUUUUUUUGGCCCCGAAAGAGGGAAGUGAAGUUGAAUCUCGGAGAGUAGCAGGAGUGUGUGUGUGUGUGUGUGGUGUUCGGUAAAGGUGUGUGAAGUGUCGGUAAGGGACCCCGAUGGGCUGCACGGUGAGUCACGAGGAUAAGGCGGCGCGGGAGCACUCCCGGGAUAUAGACCGGUCCCUGCGCGAGGAUGGAGAGAAAGCGGCCAAGGAGGUCAAACUGCUGCUGCUCGGUGCGGGGGAGUCGGGGAAGAGCACCAUAGUGAAGCAGAUGAAGAUUAUCCAUGAGGACGGAUAUUCGGAAGACGAGUGUAAGCAGUACAGAGCUGUGGUCUACAGCAACACCAUCCAGUCCAUCAUGGCCAUCAUUAAAGCUAUGAGCAACCUCAAAAUCGACUACGAGGAACCUGCCAGAGCCGACGAUGCGAGGCAGCUGUUCGCCCUGGCCGCAGGAGCGGAGGAGCAGGGCCUGUUCCCUGACGAUCUCUCCGGCAUCGUCUCCCGCCUGUGGGCCGACGGAGGAGUGCAGAACUGUUUCGCCCGCUCCAGAGAAUACCAACUCAACGACUCAGCCGCUUACUACCUGAACGACCUGGAGAGAAUAGCCAAAGCGGACUACAUCCCCACCCAGUCUGAUGUGUUGAGGACUCGAGUGAAGACCACGGGCAUCGUAGAGACACACUUCACCUUCAAAGAUCUCCACUUCAAGAUGUUCGAUGUCGGAGGUCAGCGUUCCGAGAGGAAGAAAUGGAUCCACUGCUUCGAGGGCGUCACUGCCAUCAUCUUCUGCGUGGCCAUGAGUGCUUACGACCUGGUGCUGGCCGAGGACGAGGAGAUGAACCGCAUGCACGAGAGCAUGAAGCUGUUCGACAGCAUCUGCAACAACAAGUGGUUCACGGAGACAUCCAUCAUCCUGUUCCUCAACAAGAAGGACCUGUUCGAGACGAAGAUUGAGCACAGCCCUCUGACCAUCUGCUUCCCCGAGUACACGGGGUCCAGCACGUACGCCGAGGCGUCGGAGUUUAUCCGCACCAAGUUUGAGGAUCUGAACAAGAAGAAGGACACCAAGGAGAUCUACUCGCACUUCACCUGCGCCACCGACACCGAGAACAUCCAGUUCGUCUUCGACGCCGUCACCGACGUCAUCAUCAAGAACAACCUGCGCGACUGCGGACUGUUUUAGAGGAAAGGCCCACUGACCGCGGGCCCAGACUUGAACUGGAGUGAUGAGCAGGUGAAGGUGUUCUGACUGACUGCACUGUAACUGUUUCCUGCUUCAGCCUGCCUUUGGAACGGCCGAGCACUCGGAGCAUUCACCAUUUCACCGACCGUCACCUUCCCCAACCCAUCAGUGUUCCUCUCCCUCCCUCCAUACCCAACCUCUCUCUCUCUCUCUCUCUCUCUCUCUCUCUCUCUCUCUCUCUCUCUCCCACCUCACUCAUUGCAUCACUUCUCUUUUCCCGUUUGAUUUUAGACCGCAGCUUCAUCGUCUUAUCUUUAUUAACCUCCUUCAGGCUUCAACCACAAAUCAAAAUUUAUUGUAUUACCUUUUUUUUUUUUUUUUUUUUUUUUAAAUCAAUGUAUUUUUUUUCCAUGUUUUCUUUUGAGUAAUAGCAGAGCUAAAAAAAAAAAAAAAAAGAGGAGCAAAAAAACUUUUUAUAUGAAUACUUUCGUUUUAGUCUAGAGAAUCUGAUGUGCAGAUUUUAUUAAACAUUUAAUUGCAUAAAGUGUUUUUAUAGUAGCAGCAGAUGCACAGAGAGAAAUUAGAUUGGAAAAAAAGGAAA